AUGUCUGUCCCCUCUCACCAGAAGGCUCUGUUCCUUGAGGUGAAGCAAGGCCAGUGGGCUGUCAGGACGACGGAGGUUCGCAAACCUGGUUCGGGCGACAUCGUCGUGAAAGUCGAAGCCGCCGCCCUCGGCGGUGUUGAGUGGAAGAUUCAAGCGUGGGGCAUCCUCAUCAAGGAUUAUCCCGCCAUUCUCGGCAUGGAUGGUGCCGGCACGGUCGUCGAGCUCGGAGAAGGCGUCACGACGUUCGCAGUCGGUGAUCGAGUUAUGUUCCAAGGAAACUGGGACAUUUUGACAGGCACGAUAUACGGUACCUUCCUACAGUACUUCACGGCCCCUGCUCAAUUCGUCGCAAAGGCCGACUACGCGCUUUCCGCCAAGUAUUUCGCCCCUUGGCUACCUGGAGGCCGGGGCAAGUACGCAGGGAAGCCGAUCGUCAUCCUCGGCGGGCCGACUUCUCACGGCCAAUACGCCACACAAUUUGCCCACCUCUCCGGGUUCUCCCCCAUCAUCACCACCGCCUCCCUGCACAACGCCGACCUCCUGAAGUCCUUCGGUGCCACCCACGUCCUUGACCGCAAGCUCCCCGCUGAAGAGAUCAGAGCGCGCGUGAGCGAGAUCGCCGGCGGGCCCGUUGGGCUUGUGUAUGACACCGUCUCUGUGUCCGCCACGUUCCCUCUUGCGGUUGCGCUGGCCGCGCCCGGGAGCACCGUGCUCACCGUCCAGUGGGCGCCGGAGGAGCUCGUCGCACAGGCCAUGAAGGACGGCAAAGCAGUGCACAUGGUGCUUGGUUUCUACAACGCCCCCGUCAACCGCGAGAUUGGCGCGACGCUGUUGGCGAGUCUGCCGGAGCUGCUGGAGAGCGGCGACAUCAAGGUAGGCGAGCGGCUCGAAUUUGGCGUGUGCAAGUGA